UCGUGACCUCACAAAACUUUUGCUCUCUUCUAUUCAACCCAUUUAUAAUCACACUAUCUAUGACUUUCUCUGUCAUAACAGAAGUACUAUCAUGAGAGGAGUACAGAUUUUUACCGGGACUUCGCAUCCGGCUCUUGCUGAGACCAUCUGUGAGCGCUUGGGAGCUGUCCCUGCUCGGGCAGACCUGGGGAAAUUCAGCAAUGGGGAAACCAGAGUGAACAUCAACAUCUCAGUACGGAACCAAGAUGUCUAUAUUGUGCAGAGCGGCAGCAGCAAGAUCAAUGACAGUGUUAUGGAGCUAUUGAUCAUGAUCUCUGCUUGCAAAGGUGGCUCUGCAAGAUCCAUCACAGCGGUUAUGCCGUACUUCCCAUAUUCUCGCCAAUCCAAGAAGAAGAGCCAUCGUGGCGCUAUCACGGCUCGAAUGCUUGCGAAUCUUCUCUCAGUAGCUGGCGUCGACCAUGUUGUCACAUUAGAUUUGCAUGCAUCGCAAAUGCAAGGAUUCUUUGGCAAGCCUGUGGAUAACUUGUUUGCUGAGCCCUUCAUUGCCCGCUGGAUCCGGAUGAACGUGCCCAACUGGAGGGAAGCCGUCGUCGUUAGCAAGAAUGCCGGAGGCACGAAACGUGUUACGUCGCUAGCAGACACGCUUAAGCUGAACUUUGGCAUAGUCACAACGGAUAGACGGCGCCCGAAGGCGUCUGCUAAUAUGGCAGACAGUACGCUUUUCUUCGAUGCUGCCGAACCGGAGGCGGUUCGCACUCCCAAAGAUAAUCAGCCGUUCGAUCUCCAGCUUCAAUCUGCCAAUGACUCGCCAGAAGAGGCUCUUAGCGAGACAAACGACGAUUUUGACUCGCAGUCUGUGUCGGACAACCAUCUAAGACCGGACACACCACCUGCGGCUCGUCGUCCUUCUGAAUUGGAAGCUACACAAGAGCAAACAGAUGUUCGCGUGUGUGAUGUGAUCACAGGCCGCCUCGUGCAGGGACAACUCGUAGACGAUGAUUAUCCGUCCACGGCCCCUACUUCUGUGCCUGCAUCAGGCGGAACCACUCCCGCCCUGACCGGUUAUCAACACAAUGCGGAUGUUGUUCCCGACUCCAUGGUGAACUCUCUCAUUUCUACUACGUCGUCGUUACCACCGGAUCACGCACUCGGAGGCACAUUUGAUGCUGCAGAGUCGUCCGAUGAGGAGGGCAGUACUAGACACAAUGAAUCCGAGAAGACGAUCACGUUGGUCGGGGAUGUUCGCGACAGAACCGUCUUUAUUGUUGAUGACAUGAUCGACAAGUGCGGAUCGUGGAUUGCGGCCGCAGAAACAGUUGUGAAGCGUGGUGGCGCCAACAAGGUCUACUGCAUUGCUACGCAUGGACUUUUUGGGGAGGAAUCUCUCGACCAGUUGGAAGCCUGUGACUCGAUUGAUUACCUUGUCGUGACCAACACGUUCCCCAUUCCUCCGGACACGGUGAAGAGAUCGAAGAAGUUGAUCAUCAUUGACAUCUCGAGUCUUCUCGCGGAGAGCAUCAGACGCCACCACUACGGUGAAAGUGUCUCUGCACUUUUCCACCUCAACACGAAUGAAUAAUGAUUUGCAUAUGUUGGCUUUCACUGUUCUUCAUUCAUACGAGCUUGAUGCAUUGGUAAGACGGUGUUCGAAAAUGACGGUCUAAAAAUUUGAUGAUUUAUUUCAUGGCGUUUUACUUGUGACUUCUGCAGGAACCGGAUUCUGGAAGUCAUCUAUCAUGAUACCUCGCUUUUCUUUUUCUCUCGGGAUGCAAAUCGUGCAUUUGUCUACAUUUGCAUGGCGGGCUGGACAUCUAAGAAAUGAUCCAGACCUCACUACAUAGACUGAUUAAGGUCUAGAACGCGCAAACAGGCAAUACACCGCCUUUUUUU